AUUUAAAAUUUUAAAAUCAACGUCAUAGAAGUAGAGACAAGUCGUUAUUUUGUUUUUAUUUUCGUUAUAGUUAUUUUAUGUGAUUCGUUCGUGAUAUAUGAAUUAAGGAAUUAUUUAGUUAUGACUGAAUCUAAUCCUUUAAAUAUGUCACAACCACCUGAAGAAGAACUCAGCGACGACGAGAUAUUCUUUGGAAAAAUCACUCUAAAGGAAGUCAAAAAAGCAAUAUAUCUAGACCGAUACAAAUAUAUAUUAGAGAACCGAAAAAAGAACAAGAAUAAAAAUAUGGAUGAUGAUAGUUUUAGGCUAAUAGAAGUGCAAUCAGAACCAGAAAGAUUUUCAACAGAAAGUUCAAAUUCUUCAGUUGGAGCUGCUAUUUCUGCACUUGCUGCAACAGCAUCAAAUUCUUCUAUUGCAUCUGCUAAUUCUGAACUUGCUACAACAUCGUCAAAUUCUAUUGCUGCACCUGCUAAUUCUAAGCUUGUUGCAACAUUGUUGAAUACUUCUGUUGCACCUGCUAAUUCUGAACUAGCUGCAAUAUCACCGAAUUCUUCUGUUGCACCUGCUGAUUCUGAACUUGUUGCAACAUCGUUGAAUUCUGUUGCACAUGCUAAUUCUGAGCUACCUGCAAUAUCAUCGAAAUCUUCUGUUGCACCUGCUGAUUCUGAACUUGUUGCAACAUCGUUGAAUUCUUCUGUUUCAGCUACGGAUUCUGAACUUGUUGCAACAUCAUUGAAUUCUUCUGUUGCACCUGCUGAUUCUGAACAUGUUGCAACAUCGUUGAAUUCUUCUGUUUCACCUACUGAUUCUGAAUUUGCUGCAAAAUUAUCAACUCCUUCUGUUGGAACUGAUAAUUCUGAAAUUACUGCAAUGUCAUCAAAUUGUUUUGGAAAUAAUCAAGUUUUAUCUACUAAUUCGUUUAUAUCAGUGGAAAUGUCAAAUUUAAACAAUAUCUCAGAAUAUACAGAAAAAUCAACAAACAAAAUAUCUGAUGUAUUUGCAAAUAUAACAUCCAAUGAUGGUGACAUUACAGCAAAUGAUGAUACUUUCUUACAAUUAGAGAAGAUGUGCUCUGAAAUAGAUACUACUAAGCCAGUUGAGGAACAACUUAAAAUACAUGAAAAAAGGCAUCAACUUUCACUCUCUGUUGAUGAUAGUUUCAUACAAUUAGAGAAAAUGAUAUCUAAUAUGAACACAGAGAGUAAUGAGACAGGCAUAUUAUAUGACACUACUGCUACAUUAAAAAAGGCUGAAUCAUGUGAGGAGUUGAUGAAAGAUUUAGAAUUAAAUGAUCCUCAAAUUCAAUCUAUGGAUGAAAACAGGUUGAAAUACUAUAAUCUACAAGAGAAAACAAAGCAUGACAACUCACAUACUACAAGCACUUCAAAAGUGAAAAGCUACAUGACACCUAUAAGAAACACAAAAGAAGUCAAUCUGAGAGUACCUUUAACUGAAAAAAACCAUUUAUUUAAGACACCACUUUCAAUUAAAGCAAAGUCUCCAUGUCGAAUGAAAACACAGAGUAAAAUUAACAAAUUUGAUCACAUAUCCAGUCCUAUUGCUAGCUACAUAAAGGAAAGGCCACAUACUCCACUUCCACGGAAUGACAGCACAAAAAAGCCUAAAUCCAGUAUACCUAAAUUCGUAAAACAAUUAAUAAAAACCAGUGACAAAGAGAAUGGGCCCAUAUUACACCAGUCUAAAAGUGCAAAGAAAACAAUAAUGAUCUGUACACCAAAUAAGGAGAAGAUACCCCAAAGCAUGGAGAAGAAGUCUCAAGUGAUGUCACACCAACACAAAAUAUUACAUCCUACAAAAAAGCUGUGUUGAAUGUUGAAAUUAAAAGUAAAUUCUUCAGUCAAAUGCAAGUGUGAAUAACUUAAAGCCUAAUAACAAAGUUUCUUAUUGUUCAGACAAACCAGUAACCAUUCAUGAAAUUUAAAUUGAAGUUAUUGAAUUAAUUUAUAUUGAAGUUAUUUUUAAUUGUAUCAUUUUCGUGAAUUUAAUUUGAAUUAAGAAGUUUAGAUUUAUUAAUUAAAUUGUGUAUUUAAUGAUAUUGAAUUAUAAUAAUGAAAAC